AUGGGACGGUUGCCUGGCAGAGACUAUGACCUCUCCUGCCUUGACUAUGAUGCUGUGGAGCCACUGCCAGGUUCUGCCACCUUGUACCAGGCUGCUUGUAUAACAACAGCACAACAAUCAGUAACCAAAGCUGCUGCUACCAAUCAAGAAAGAAGUGCACAGAGAAAAACAUGGUUUGAGGUAAGAUCAGCUUAUAGACUCUUAGGAUAUUCACUGGUUUUUCUCACCGUUUUCCUUAUCCUCCUGCAGCGCGAGUGCAUCUUGAUUCACGUUGGCCAGGCUGGAGUUCAGAUUGGCAAUGCAUGUUGGGAACUCUUCUGUCUGGAGCAUGGCAUUCAGCCAGAUGGCACCUUCAUCGACCCACCUAGCGAUGAUGACUCUUUUGCCACAUUCUUUGGAGAGAGAAGCUCUGAAAGAUAUGUACCCCGGGCUAUUUUGGUGGACUUCGACCAAACUGUCAUAGGUGAAGUGCAGACUGGUAUCUACCGGGAGCUUUUCCAUCCAGAACAGCUGAUCACUGGAAAGGAAGAUGCAGCAAAUAAUUAUGCACGUGGCCACUACUCUGUUGGCAAAGAAAAAAUUGACAUGGCAUUAGAUCGUAUCCGUAAGCUGACUGAUGACUGCUCCGGGCUGCAAGGAUUCCUGAUCUUCCACAGCUUUGGUGGGGGCACUGGCUCUGGCUUUACCUCCUUACUGAUGGAACACCUCUCUAUUGAAUACGGAAAGAAGUCCAAACUGGAGUUUGCCAUCUACCCAGCCCCUCAGGUCUCCACUGCUGUGGUGGAGCCCUACAAUUCCAUCCUCACCACACACACCACCCUGGAGCACUCGGACUGUGCCUUCAUGGUGGAUAACGAGGCCAUCUACGACAUCUGCCGCCGAAACCUGGACAUCGAGCGCCCCACCUACACCAACCUCAACCGCCUCAUCAGCCAGAUCGUCUCCUCCAUCACCGCCUCGCUGCGCUUUGACGGGGCCCUCAAUGUGGAUCUGACAGAGUUCCAGACAAAUCUAGUGCCCUACCCACGCAUCCACUUCCCCUUAGUGACCUAUGCCCCCAUCAUCUCCUCUGACAGAGCACAUCAUGAGCAGCUCUCGGUGGCUGAAAUCACCAACGCCUGCUUUGAGCCCAGCAACCAGAUGGUGAAGUGUGACCCAAGGCACGGGAAGUACAUGGCUUGCUGCAUGCUCUACCGUGGGGACGUUGUUCCCAAGGACGUCAAUGUAGCAAUUGCUGCCAUCAAGACCAAGAGAACUAUCCAGUUUGUCGACUGGUGCCCAACAGGCUUCAAGGUUGGGAUCAACUACCAGCCUCCCACAGUAGUUCCUGGUGGAGACCUGGCCAGAGUUCAGCGAGCAGUCUGCAUGCUGAGCAACACCACGGCCAUUGCAGAGGCUUGGGCAAGGCUCGACCACAAGUUUGAUCUGAUGUAUGCCAAGAGAGCUUUUGUGCACUGGUAUGUGGGUGAAGGCAUGGAGGAGGGAGAGUUCUCAGAGGCCCGAGAGGACCUGGCUGCCCUGGAGAAAGACUAUGAAGAAGUGAAAUAUGACUCAUUUGAAGAAGAAAAUCAAGGAGAAUCUUAA